AUUUUGUCCAGCUGAAACAGCGACACAAAGUAGGUGGGAGAUGAAAUAAAAUUUGAUUUGGCCGCUGCGUUGGAUGUCAAAGCUGAAAUAAUGCAGUGACAAUGGCUGAUGCGACCCGAGCGUGUGAAUGUGAGGGGCGCUGUGCAAGUGUUCUUAAACCCGCCGGCCUGAGCUAGCUACCUAGCUGAGCAUCCAAUUUUCGCCUUACUCACACACCACCACCCGGGGAAUCCCAAGCUAGAAGAGGUCGUCGUCCUGCACGUCCUGCCGUGCGCUCCAUCAAAGGAAACAUAAACCUAAUGGGUCUCUCCAUGCUUGUUCUACCAGUGCUCUUGGGGUUGUUCUAUGGAGCAAGUGACAUUAAUUGCUCAACAGUUCAUGGUAACACCACGGAUCAUCGUUCACUGCUUGAUUUCAAAGGGGCCAUCAGAGCGGACCCAAGAGGAGCCUUGCGCUCUUGGAAUGAGAACAUCCACUAUUGUAUGUGGUCGGGCAUCAAGUGCAGCACAAUGCACCCAGAACGUGUUACAGUGCUAAACCUUGCCAACUUGAGCUUGACAGGCCAAAUCACACCCUCUCUAGGAAAUCUAACCUUCCUUUGGGAACUUACACUAUCCAACAAUCUCUUCUCUGGCCAGUUGCCCCCUCUCAAUCGUCUUAUAAGAUUAGAGUCCCUUUACUUACAAAACAACUUGUUGCAGGGGAACAUUCCGAAUGCACUUACAAAUUGUUCCAAACUCCGUUUACUAGACCUCUCUUCUAACAUGCUAGUGGGUUCGAUUCCUGGAAAUAUAGGUUCCCUCUACAAUCUAGUGGGAAUUGACCUUUCCAAUAAUAGCCUCACAGGAAACAUUCCACCAACCUUCGGCAACAACACAUACUUAAAAGAGCUACGACUUACCCACAAUCAACUCAAAGGAAGCAUUCCUGAAGAUCUUGGGAAAUUGCCGAAUAUGGGGGAGAAUCGGGCAGUGUUUCUCGGUCAGAAUAGGCUAUCGGGUAGAGUUCCAGCAACAUUGUUUAAUCUAUCCAAGCUUAUAAUACUGGACCUAAGUAUGAAUAAGCUAAGGGGAACAUUACCAUACAAUAUCGGUAAUCUAUCUGCCGCGCUUCGGUGGCUAGUUUUGGGUGCAAACAACUUGUCUGGGACAAUGCCACCGAGCAUUGGGGCCCUAAAGAACCUAACAGUUUUAGAUCUUGGAGGAAACAACUUCGUUGGACCAAUACCAUACUCCGUCGGGAAUCUGCCAAAGUUAUGGAAGCUUGAUCUUUCCGAUAAUCAUUUUGAUAGUUGGUAGCACAACGACACUACUGACUGCUAAUGACUUAUUCAUGGUGGCCGAAUGAGCCAGGGAUGCAGUUUGCUGUGCGAGUGCAAUGACCCGACGAGAGCUCUGCACCUUCCUGUUCUUGCAUGUCUGUGUCACACUUUCUGUCAGCGGGCGUGGUUGCUCUGUCUGGACUACAGUUUUCUAUAUAUUGCUUCUUUUCCUUAGCGGUUUCCUAUAUUUUCAGCGGAUCCAUCCCCAUGUAUGUAGGGUUUGUGGAUGUACGCACCUCAUUUGUAUUUCUGUCACCUAGAUGAAUUGAAUAAAAGGCUUCUGUUUGGGGAAAAAACAACGUGGCUGCUCCCGGAAAUGGUUGUAUUGAGGGAGAUGAUUUGUGGCCCUGAGCCUCGAAGGGUAUAAAUGAUAAGUUCAUGGUGCUAACAACGGGGCAAAGUCUCAUCCAUUGGUGAACCCGAAAAAAAAUCCAACAGCAAGACCUGUGGAGGAUAAUCUUAGGGGCAGUCAAAUAAGGUCUGUAGUGUUGGCCCGCUUUGGAGUUGCUCCCGGCCUAUAACUUCUAGGUUGUUGUCAUGUUCAUAAUGUGUCCUGGCGUAGCGACGCCUCCUGUAUUUUACAUUUUUGAGUCGUGACACAAGAAAACACAGUGAAUCAAGAAGCUCUUCUCGUACGCGACUAA